CCUAUUUUGGCGGUCGCACGCGGCAAAACCUAAUGCUCAGUUGUUGCAUCAGGACAAACCGGCCAGGCUGCGGAUUUCCACAUUCAUCGUAGAACAGAACACGCCAUUGAUCAACCCGUGCUUAGACGUCCUAUUCUUUACACCUGCUAUUUAAAAAUAAGCAGCCAGCCAGCAGAAUGUCCGCCCCGACCGAAGCGCAGAUAGCCCAUCAAGAGCUCAUCGACCAGCUCGACAUUCACUCCAUCCACAAGAGCUUCCGCAGCCCGCACUGGCGGCCCAACCAACGCCGCAACAAGAACAUAAAGACGAUCCUGGGCGAUGCGUCCCGCAAGGAAGCCUCCAUCGUUGCGACGCCGCAAGACGACAGCGGAGCCGCCACGCCGGCAGCCAUAGAAAACGACGGCCUAUCAACGUCCGGCGCUUCAACCCCAGCCGCGCCUGCAUCCGGAGCGGCCAGUCUACAGCCCAACCUUGCGCAGGCAUCGCGCAGUUUAUCUAGGCUCGCGCUCGAGAAGAGCCUGCGUCCGAAUGGGAGUGGAGGAGCUGGAGGGGUGGCCUCGUCGGCGCCUAGUGCUACAUACACGAACAUUGAGAGCGCGCCAUCUCUGGCGCAUUCACGGAGGUAUUGCGAUGUUACGGGGCUACCAGCUCCGUACUUGGAUCCGAAGAGCAGACUGAGAUAUCACAACAUAGAGGUAUUUGGCUACAUUCGGUCGUUACCACAGGGUGCACCCGAGCAGUACCUCGAGGCGAGGGGCGCGCACACGAUACUCAAGUGAUGAGGGGUGCUGGGGGAGGGAGAGCUGGAUAUAAUUUGAUGUUUAUGGGGUCUAAUGGGUGGAAUAGAGUCUGCAAAGCUGGUCACUGGGAGGUCAAAUCUUCAACUUCUGAUGUGUUCUUGACAGCGGAACUGGCCACAGUGAAGCUGGCAUUGGCAACGGUGGGCUCACAUCACAACACACGGGGGACAUCAAGGACGGAAGAGGAAAACAUGUUCGACCAAAGAAGUCAAACCUAUCCUACGCACCAGUUGCCUCUCGGCAACUAAUGACAGGAUACGCUCCGGCUUAAUCGUGAUCAGAGAAAUUUGUUGUCCGCCUGUAACUGACGGGUACCGAGAAUAGAUGAAGCGACUAUUCCCAGUUACCAUGGCUCGAGAGCCGAGGCCGCCGCGGCGAUGUAUUGAAAAAAUAAAUGAAAUUUGCUUGUGUUCAAU